AUGGGGAGGGAGAGUGGGAUAUCUUAUUCAAAUGCUUCUGGUUGGAAGGUUUUCGCUGGGGCUCUGACCCAGCCAAGUUACUCUGAUGCCAAUGGCUAUUCUGUAGAGAGGAUCAUUGUGUUCCCUGGUUAUAAUUCUUCUGAUAAUGAUAACGAUAUCGCCCUAAUGAAACUGACAAAUGACAUUAAAUUUAGCUAUACCACCCAGCCGGUGUGCUUACCCAAUGUCGGAAUGUUCUGGGAGGCCGGCACGCAGUGUUGGAUAUCUGGUUGGAAUACGACCUCUCAAGGAGGGAACAUUUCUACGACUCUGCAGUAUGCUGAAGUGCAAUUGGUUCCCUCGCACGUGUGCAAUCAGUCCCAUGUAUAUAAUGGGAGCAUUACACCUUCUAUGCUAUGUGCUGAUGCUCGGCACGGGCGGAUAGGUUCCUGCCAGGGGGACGGCGGGGGACCUUUAGUAACCGAAACAAAUGGCACUUGGUGGCUUGUUGGUGAAACCAGCUGGGGGGUCGGAUGUGCCCAACCCAAUAAACCUGGUGUAUAUGGGAAUAUGACAUCGUUCUUGGGAUGGAUAUAUUUACAGAUGAGGACUUACAGUUGAUCAGAGAUCCCAGUGAAUGUAUUCUUAUUUAUUCUUAUGAUCCAAAUCGAAAGCCUAUGAUAAUGAGAGAACACAGCUGAUUAUUUAUAACUGAAGAUCAAUAUUCCUAUUGCUGCCACAGAAUAACGUUGGUUGAUCUAGAACAAUGUUUGUUGAAGUACAAGUGCCUUGGGUACAGACAGCCCAACUCUUUUGAAAUAAAACAUUAAGACAUUUAGGCUCUACUGCCCAGCCACACCAAGACAAAUGUUCAGAAAUGUCCACGAUCUACCCAAAUUCCCACCCAUUUUUUGGUAAGCCCUGCCCAAUUGUCCAGUUGGGUGCCCCAAGACCAGUUUUAUUGCAGGGCAGAGAGAGUAUUUUACCUGAGGUCCUACAAUCAGAGGGCAAUGGAAAUAGACAAAAGCACAAAGGACAUAUUAUACUGUGUAACCGUCCAACCCAUGGGCCUCCAGUUGUUCUUCAACCUCCACUCACAUCUCCCAUUGCAGGAAGCUCCCUUUCUCUUCCUCCACCCCUGGUAUCUGCAGUUUUCUGAUAAUGAAGGAUCAUGUGGGCUCUACACUGUAACAUUAAUACCACAAGUGCUUUGGAGAACAUUAAAGUUUCUUUGACCAAACCUAUAUGAACCUUGUGCCCAUUUCUAGCUCCAAAGAAUGGGUCACAUUUUGUCAAAUAUUCUGAUGUAAAAACGUAUUUGUGAGUCUCGGUAUCAUCACAAUGCUAUGUUUGGAGAAUGAAACAGUCAAAUAUAGUUCAAAAUCUCUUGCCGAACUACAUGAUGGAUCCUUACUGCAAAAUGAACAGAUUCCUUUUUGGUUCUGCACCAUGCCAUGAAUGUUCUUGUUAACCAGGACCCAGUUGAGUUGCAUUUGCCUUACUAGAAACCUUACUUGGGAUAAUUGUAUCCAGACUCCAAUAGUGCUCGGUACUGAUUUUCUGUUCUUUGCUUUCUUUCCCUUUGCUGUCUGCUUGCAUUUAAUCAAAGGACUGUAUGUAGUUUUCCUAUUUAAAUAAACUCUAAGGACUGAGGGACAGUGAAACAAGGUCUAAUAUCUAAAUAGUUCUCUCUGGUUGUCAUUACAUCACCCAGUUUUAUGCUGCCCAAAGAGAUAGAUGAAAUGAGAAAGUGGUUUUCAGAGUGGUGUCAGAUCCCUGCCCUAACCUUGCCAUUGGAAGAGUGCAAUUGAAUAGAAGGAUGAACGGGGGAAUCAAAUCCUGUACCUGGCUGAGUACCUAUUAUGAGAUUAGAUGCACCUAUUUAC